AGGUCGGCUGCAGGUGAGAAGACAGGCAGGCAGGCAGUGAGGCAGUUGCCCCUCCUUCCCUCCCUCCUUCCAAGACCUCGCCUGCUCCAUCCUCCUCUGUGGCCAGCUUUGCGCGUGAAGUGGCUCCUCUGAGCCCGACCUCUUCUUACGCUCUUUCCUGGCUGCUGCCAAUGUCCUUUUGAAGGCUGGCAUCGCCUCCAAAAUCUGAUGUGGUUUAUUGCACUUCCGUGUCCUUGUUUGGAAGAAGAUGCUGAGAUUCCACAGAGCAACUGAAGCUUUAAGAAGAGCUCACCUUUGAUGAAGGAGUAAUUGCUGGACAUCAGCCGUGAUGAGGCUACUCCGAAGGCAUUAUGGCCCACUAAAGCUAGCUUUGGUGGGUGUUGUCUUUGUAAUCUUCCUCUUCAUAAUGCAAAGAGAUGUUGGCAAUGGGGAACAAAAGGAGGAGCCAUGGCUGAAAAAUAUUGUGGAGAGGAAAGACCAGAUGAUAGAUAUAAUGAUGGGAGCUGUCAACAAUAUCCGUGACUCUAUGCCAAAGCUGCAGAUCCGGGCACCUGCUCAACAAGAGGCACUUGAGCAGGACAGCAAGUCUUGCUUGCCAGGCUAUUAUACACCAGCAGAACUGAAGCCCUUCAUGGAGCGUCCUCCCCAGGACCCCAAUAGCCCUGGUGCUGAUGGAAAAGCUUUCAAGAAGGACCAGUGGACACAAGACGAGACAAAGGAGAAAGAACAUGGAUAUGAGAAGCACUGUUUUAAUGCCUAUGCCAGUGACCGCAUUUCUCUUCAGAGGGCUCUCGGACCUGACAGCAGGCCUCCAGAGUGCAUCGAUCAAAAGUUCAAACGCUGCCCACCCCUUCCGACUACCAGUGUCAUUAUUGUCUUCCAUAAUGAAGCUUGGUCCACGUUGCUUCGCACUGUCUAUAGUGUGCUGUAUUCUUCUCCAGCUGUACUGUUAAAGGAAAUCAUUCUUGUAGAUGAUGCCAGUACAGAUGAUUACUUGAAAGACGAGUUGGACAACUAUGUGAAGCAAUUGCAGGUAGUCAAAGUUGUCCGGCAGUUGGAGAGAAAGGGCUUAAUAACUGCCCGAUUGCUUGGUGCCAGUGUUGCCAAGGGUGAUGUCCUCACUUUCUUGGAUGCUCAUUGUGAAUGUUUCCAUGGAUGGUUAGAGCCUCUCCUAUCGCGCAUUGCUGAAGAGCCCACAGCUGUGGUCAGUCCAGAUAUCACCACCAUUGAUCUGAACAGCUUUGAAUUUUCCAAGCCCAUCCAAUAUGGGAAGCAACACAGUCGGGGAAACUUUGAUUGGAGUCUUACUUUUGGCUGGGAGGCCAUCCCUCAACAUGAGAAGCAGAGAAGAAAAGAUGAGACCUACCCAAUCAA